GUAGUAGGAUCCGGGAGCUCGAAAGCCAAAUGGCGCAGUGCGCCUGAGCAAGAAAGAGAGGAAGUGGCGGCCGAAGCAGCUCCGCACCUUUUCCGGUAACACCGACAGCGGCGCGACCGGGACCGAAAGAGCGACCGGAGAGGAACAGAAGGGACCGAACCGAGCCGGGGCGCGCGAGAGGGGGGCCGUUACGUGAGGGACGGAAGAGGGGAAGCGAAGGAUGAAUGACUGACGUUUGACCGAACGAACGAUCUGAAGGGAAUGAGCGCGAAAAAAAGGCGACCCGACAGCCGGUACACGAGAAGGAAGUCUGAGGAAACCAGAAAGGCCUGUCACGGAUCUCAACGCGUACUACACUAGGACCCCUUUUUCCAGAUUUGGAGGGUGGUGCUAAAGGCUAAAAAGUUGAAGUGUUUUUUUUUUUGUUUUGUUUUGGGGUUUUUUUCUGAGGCAUAGCCGAGAAAGCCCCCCAAACCGCGCGCUCUCCUCUUCCCGCGAAACAAACGCGAUAAUAUAUGCCCGGCCAACAAGAUGGGGAAGAUGCUUUCGAAGAUCUUCGGCAACAAGGAGAUGAGGAUAUUGAUGCUCGGGCUUGACGCGGCGGGGAAGACGACGAUCCUUUACAAACUCAAACUGGGACAGUCGGUCACCACCAUCCCGACGGUGGGGUUCAACGUGGAGACCGUGACGUACAAGAACGUCAAGUUCAACGUGUGGGACGUCGGCGGCCAGGAUAAGAUCCGUCCUCUCUGGCGGCACUACUACACCGGAACCCAGGGCUUGAUCUUCGUGGUGGACUGCGCGGACCGCGACCGGAUCGACGAGGCGCGACAGGAGCUGCACCGCAUCAUCAACGACCGCGAGAUGCGCGACGCGAUCAUCUUGAUCUUCGCCAACAAGCAGGACCUGCCGGACGCCAUGAAGCCGCACGAGAUCCAGGAGAAGCUGGGUCUGACCCGGAUCAGAGACCGGAACUGGUACGUGCAGCCGUCCUGCGCGACGACGGGCGACGGACUCUACGAAGGGCUCACCUGGCUCACGUCUAAUUACAAGUCCUAACGCGAGGCGGCCAAGACGCGCCGAAACUAGAAGCAAUUAACCAGUAACUCUGGCUUCUGUCUGUAAAGUUCGGUUUGAUUCUCUGUCUUUGAUUCCGUCGACGUGUAACCCGACUUUUCUUUCUGUAGUCCUCCUGUUAAGCCCGUCAAGUAUUGCUUUCAGAAGCGUUUUCGCAGAAAAAGAUAAAGGGUUUUUUUUGUUUGUGUGUGUGUGUGUGUGUGUGUGUGUGUGUGUGUGUCCGAAGACCCGGUUCGUCAGUCAAAAAAAAAAAAUGGCAGCUUGUUUGUUUACCUCCGUGCCAUCGCGUUUAACGAAUGUAUCGGGAGAACGAGAACGAUCCGGUCGCGUUCCGUGAAGAAACUGUCCUCGAAGGAGCGCUCGAGUCGUUCCUGGCCGUUCCUGGAGGAGAAGCCGGGAACGAGUGUGACUUGAGCGAAGAAAACCAGUGUUUCUGAUCUAAUCCAGCCCCCUCUUAACCCGUUUCUAUCGCGGUCCCGGUACCGACCCCCGCACAAGUCACACCAAGCCUCUUUUUUUCUCUCACUAAAUUAAUGCUUUGUUUUAUUAUUUUGACAUAUUUGUUAUGCUGAAGAAAUAAUAAAAAUCUAUAUAUAUAUCCAGCA